UUCUCCUAUUUUUGGCGGCUGUGUGGAAACAUGGCGGAAUAUUUGAAAGAUUGCAGCGUGCCUUGGAAGAUGUCCUGGGACGAGCUGGAAGCCCUGUGUCGCAGAGACGGGCUCUACUGUCAGCAGCUUGGGGUGAAGAGAGCCAACGUCAACGAGUUCGAUGUGGAGUUCCUCUGCGACUACAAGAGGACCAAGGAGGAGGAGUUCUACCUGGUAAAGUGGAAAGGCUUCCCAGAGUCUGAUAACACCUGGGAACCUAAGAGGAACCUCAAAUGCGCCAAACUGAUGAAGCAGUUCCACCUGGACCUGGAUAAGGAGCUGAGGCGCCACAAGAGACGCGGCACCCCUAAAAAACUGGAUAAGGAAGUUGCCUCAUUCCUCGUCCAAAAAGCCAAAGUCCGUAAGUGUCUGCAGCACUGGGAGGCCCAUCUGAACCAGACACGCAACCACCCAGGUCGCAUUUAUGUCAUAAACGAAGUGGACCUCGAGGGCCCCCCAAAGAACUUCACAUACAUCAACAACUACAAAGUGGGCCAGGGCAUCGUGUUGGAUGAGAUGGCUGUGGGCUGUGAUUGUAAGAACUGUUUGGAGGAGCCCAUAAAUGGCUGCUGCCCCGGGGCCUCCCUGCACCGCAUGGCCUACAAUCACAGGGGGCAGGUCCGGGUCCGGGCGGGACAGCCCAUAUACGAGUGUAACUCCCGAUGCAGCUGUAGCCCCGACUGUCCUAACCGAGUGGUGCAGAAGGGCAUCCAGUUCGACCUGGUCAUCUUUAAGACGGAGAACGGCCGCGGAUGGGGCGUCCGUACGCUGCAGCACAUAAAGAAGAACACGUUCAUCAUGGAGUACGUAGGAGAGAUCAUCACAACGGAUGAAGCAGAGAGGAGGGGUCAUGUGUACGACCGCCAGGGCUCCACAUACCUGUUUGACCUGGACUAUGUGGAGGACGUGUAUACAGUGGAUGCAGCUCACCAGGGCAACAUCUCCCACUUUGUGAACCACAGCUGUAACCCCAACCUGCAGGUAUUUAAUGUGUUCAUCGACAACAUUGAUGAGAGGCUCCCAAGAAUCGCUUUAUUUUCAACACGGGCUAUUCGGGCAGGAGAGGAGCUCACCUUUGACUACAAGAUGCAAAUUGAUCCAGUGGACACAGAAAGCACCAAAAUGGACUCCAGUUUCAGUGUAGCGGGGCUCCCCAGCUCCCCCAAGAAGAGGAUUCGAGUGGAGUGUCGGUGUGGAUCGGACUCGUGUCGGAAAUACCUGUUCUGACAAAGGACUGCUGGGAACGCGGUCAUCUAUGUCAAGAUGGACGAAAUUGUACAGAUUUGUAUAUUCAUUUUUAAUUUUCUUUUUGUUUAUGAAAGCUGAAAUUCACCAUUAAUUUAAAUAUGUGAACAUGACGAACCCUUCCUAGAUGAAAACCACAAUCUAGAUUUUCAAAUCUCUGAUUUACUUGAACAGAUCAAGAGCCUCUUUGUUUCCAGUGAGUGGAGGGCUGCAUCAGUGGAACCUAUACAGAUAGCUCAGUGAGCAUGUAUAUCAGCCACCCCUACAGAGUGCACUGCAAGAAUGAUCAGACACUCACUUUUGAGUAAAACAGUUUCUGUGGUAGCUUCCUCUGUGCUCUAGAACUGUAUUCUUAAAUAACAUCACACGGCUAUUUGCCCAAGCCUUUUCAUCACUGUUAAAUUAUAUUUCCAGUUUAUUACGGCUUAGGUUUUAUUUUACCGCCAUUUCUACAAAUGAAAAACAUUGUUCAAGCAUUGUGAGUGCGGUAGCUGAGAUCUGGGUGCGCAACCACAUCACUUCAAGAGUCGGAUGGAUGAAUAAACACGAGCAGGUCUGAGACCAAACUCCAGGUUAGUCAAACUCAUUUUGAUGAAGAAAAUGAAGAUGAACGGUAAAAUCCAUUCCAGUUUACAGACCCACUUCCUGCUUCAGCUUGACCUAUUGUGCUUACUGUAGUGUGCUGCACAACGAGGAGUGGGUAGCCGUAUAUCACUAGAUUCUCACGUCCAGUUGGACCUUUACAGAAAGAGGUUUAACUAAUCAGGGAUUCGCUGUUGGAUUGUUUCCAACCCGUCUAGUCUUCUGACAGCUCGUCUCCCUUCACCUCUUGGGGAACUUUUUGUGCUCACAGAUCUCAGUUUUUGACUCGGUGAAUGCAAUGCCAUAACUAGCAGACAUGAUGUACAAAAGUAUGAAAUUGGAUCAUAGUUUGAAUAUACCGAAAUUAUAUUUUUGAACAACUGCAUAGUUUUAAUGUGGAGUUCUAGACCGCUCAGAGGACAUUUAAUCAGUCAUUCUCAGACUGCUCGCAUGACUCCUUUGUGCUUAGUUAAUUCAAUCUACUGAAAUGAUCGAAUGGUCACAUGAGGCUCAGGGCUAGCACUCACCACCCUACUAUAAUAAUGGUUCCGAGAGGCAGGCAGAGAUAAAGGGCCACUGCUCGAUCUUGCUCAUACAAAUUGAACAUGCUGUGGUUCUUGUACCGCAGUUUGUCAUCACCACACACACACUGUAUUUCACCAUUCGUUCCCAUCAGAACUGGUAAUGAGAGGCUCAGUGCCUUAGAACUCAGCAGGUGAAUCUAUAUGUAUGGCCACCAGGGAAAAGGGUUGGAAAAAUUGUAUUGGUGAUUAUGGUGAAGCAAUGGUAAAGAGAGGGAUCAUAAUUCCGUUUUCUAUUCACUCCUGUGACUGUACAGUGUCUGUUCUGUGGCUAGUAGGUGAGUCUUUUUAAGGUGUUUUUAUUUAAAUGCUGCAGUGAUUAGUACUUCAGUGCAUGACUUUUUAAAGGUGGAGAACAAAAACAAUGUAAAUAAAUGGAAUUGAGAUAGCUGAUGCUUUCAUGUUUUUAUUGUAUUUUUAUUUUUUUUUUUAUUUUUUUUUUUACAUGUAGAAUAUGGAGCAAGAUCUGUGAUAAAGUUUUGUCACCGAAAAAGUCCUACCUAAAAAGU